CGCGCCUCGUCCCAAGCCGUCGUCGCCAGCGUUCCUCUCCUCAGCGUCGGCAUCCCCGGACGGCUCGUCGGCCUUGCCUCCGUCCACGUCGCCCUCGAGCAGCACCGCGGCCGCCCUCCUUUCGACUGCAGCCACCGUCGGACCUCGACCAGCCCCUCACGCGGCAUGCGCCUCGCCCCGUCGCCCUCGUCGAGCUCGUCGUCCAAGCAGCACCGCCCCCUCGCCGAGCUUCCGCUCUCGGUGCUCGCCCUCGUCGCAGCACUCGCCGGCCUUGCCGCCCUCCCCUCUGCGCACGCCGCCGUCCUACCGCGCGUCCAACCACUCGCCAAGGGCGAGUGUCGCCCUGUCCUCAGCGGCCUCGUGCAAGAGAUCAAGUCGGCCGUCGACACCGACAUCGUGUGGAAGGCCGUCACGAGCGAGGCCACGGCGCAGGACGGCGUCAAGGCGGUCAAGCUCCCUCGGACACGAGCGACGCCGCUACCGCUCGAGUUCGAGUGGUUCGUCGAGCACACGGACGAGCCAGGUGUCUACUCGAUUUCCGCAAGCUCUUCUGUGUCGGCGUGCAGCGAGCUGUCGGUGCCGGGCACGCUCAACCCGUUCGCGCCCAACCCGCAGCGAGCGUUUGCGCCAGGCGACGCCGUCGCCGCAGCGACUGCCUGCUCGCCCGCCCACCUCUUCCGCCUGUCCUGCACGUCCUGCGACGCUCACGAGGACUCGGCGCAGGGGUGCCUCGUGCAGAGCGUCAGCAAGGGCUCGUGCGUCGAGCUCUUGCCGGCGACAGAGGACGGCGGGCGGCCGCACUUGGGCUGGGGCGAGUGCGUGACGGAGCGCGAGGUGAGCAAGAAGGGGUGGAAGGGCAAGGAGGCGAGGGAUGAGCGUCGGCGUCGGCAGCUGUGGGACAUUGUGCCCUCGUGAACCCUCCUCCGCCGUCCUUCCUCCUCUCCCGUCCUCGACCCGACCCGGCGCGGCAUCCUCAUUCCCCAGCAACCUAGACGAUACCCUCGACCUUUGACCACCACAGACACUCUCCCGUCUUCCUCACCGUCGACGAGUGCGCCGACGACAUGAGCCUCUUUCCUCCCUGUAGCCAUCUCUUAGACGGCUGUGCGCGUUGCGCCGGCCUUAUGCCUUGCAUCUCUAGACUGCAUGAAUGAG